AUGAUUUUCAAGGAUCUAUACCAGCGAUACCUGGCCAGCCCCAGGACCGCGUCGUUAGCGGCCGAUGUCGCGUUGAACUAUAUCCCCACUACCAUCAAGGUCGAAGGCGCAGAUGCCGUGCUCCACCACCUCACCCGCCAGGACCACGUUAUCAAGAUCAGGUCCGAGACUAUCCUGGACGCCGUCGAAGGGAAUGCCAGUAUCUGCGUCGAUGUCGAGACCACGGUAGAGUUUGUAUCUGGAGGCGGCCCCUAUCUCCCGACGCUCGAUGAUAAUUUCCUGUCCGACCGCGUCGCGACCUUCCCCACGAUUCACAUCGUGCGCUUCAAUGCGCAGAAUCAAAUCCACAGCGUCCGCAUCUACUGGGACCAGGCGUCGCUGCUGAAGCAGGUCGAGGUCAUCGGCGCCCGCAGUCGCGGCUGGCCCAUCCGCGACGCAAAGGAGCAGUUUCGCAUGAUCAAAGCAGCCAGCUCGGCGACUCCAGCGCCCGCCACGGACGACAGUGCCUCCUCUCGACCGACGUCCCGAUCGGACGAUCCCGAGUCCAAGCGAGCCUCCCCCGGCAAGAAAUACAUCAAGGACCCCUACGCAGCGGAGUCCCUCUUCCACCUGCUGUCCCCUGACUCCGGCCGCGCGGACCCCGUGCGCCCCCCUCGCGCCCCCGCCUCAGCCCAGCCCCCCUCGCGCAACCUCGACGACCUCUUCGUCCGCGACGACAACGUCCAAGACGCGCCCGACGCGACCCCCACCAAGUCCACGAUCGCGCCCAAGGCCGGCUCCAACAAGAACUUCCAGCGCGCGCGCAUCUUCGACGACGACGACACCGUCCGCGAGCACGACGGCCCGCAGCAGAUCGCCUACCGCGCGAACCCCAAGCGCUACCAGCACUUCGAGCUCGGCGCCGACAACAGCGAGCGCGAGAUCAAGCACGCCGAGGCCCGCCCGCUCUCCUACGCCCGCCCCCAGUGGAACUUCGAGGACUUCGGCACCCCCGAGAAGGCCCACCGCCAGAUCCGUCCCGAGGAAGUGCGCCACUUCGGCUGGAGCGACGACGAGGCCCAGGAGACCCCGCCAGCCCGCCCGCACCCGCGUCCGGACGCAAAGACCCAGAUCCACAUGGGGGACCCCAACGACGAGGGCAACGGCGCGCGCAUCAUCAGCUCGUUCCAGAAUAAGGGCAUGGGCCUUUACAAGAACCCGCUUUACAGCGAGGACGACGACGACGACGAGCCGGCUCUGCAGGACGUGUCCAAGCAGAAGAAACAGCAGCGUCCGCUGUCUACCGUCAACCGCGGGCCCAACCGUCGCAACGACUUCGAGAACCACUGGGACGUCACGGACGAUGCUCCCCCCGUUGCGCCUGAGGCCAGCGCCGAGAACGAGAAGCCUGCUAGCUCGAUUAGACAGACAGCCGUGCGCAUGAUGGAGCCCUCGUGGGGUCUGUAUGAUGAGUCGCCCCAGCCCAGAAAGUUCGUCAAUGUUGUCCCCGGGCGUCGCGCGGGCAAAGCCACCAAUGAUCGGAGCUGGAACAACAUCUACGGUGAUGAAUGA